UAAAGGAUACAAGAAAGAUGAAAGAUACUAGGCUUUUUUCAUUGUUUGUCUUAUUGGCAAUUGCUUGCCUCGUGGUGGCGAACGAUGAAACUCUCCCGGAGUCUGAGCAAAAUGACCAAUCAGGUGAUUCGGCGACCGAGAUCGACCAAAAGCUCCUUGAACUYGCAAAGCAAGAAGAAGAUACUGAAGAAUGGCGUAGAAAGUUCAAAAAAAUGUCCCAGGAGUUGGCUAAAAAUAUUUCAAACCAAGACAUUCCUGUCAGGAAUGAUAAACGAUACAAUAGACAAUCAAUAACUCAACUCCAGGCCGCAGUUCGUGAUGACAUAUUCUUUGGUGAAGUCCAAASAAAACUUUCCGCAUUCAGUGGUCCAUUGUCAUCUCGUUGUAAAGAUUCCUUAAAACGUUUAAAUAGAAGCUGUGAAAGCCUCUCCACAGAUGACAAGCUUCGUGCCCUAAGAACUCUAAGUGUGAUAUCUUCAAACAUCGAGGCGUAUGGCAAUGCUGGUGAAGACCCURUAMGUGCYAUGAAAGCAGCGAYUAACAUCCUUGCCUCMAUAUCCAGUWMUUUUGGACCAAAGAGCMAGCUUGCAAGUAAGACUCCUGGUUUUGUUCCUGCUCUUCUUGGYUUGUUUGGUAAAGGACGAAAGCCGAAGUCUUUGGAUGCAAUUCUMGUAGAAGAGAUAGAUAGGCUUCUCGCGGAAAAACCCAAGGAAGAUGCGUUCAUCAGGAAAGGAYACGAUGUGCUAUCAGCAUUCAAACUCACUAAAGCGUGCUUUAACCGAGCUGCACAGUCGGGAAAACCCUUAAGUAAGAAGGAAGUGGCUUUGGGCGCAAACGAAUUGAAAAGAGUGCAAGGUGUAAAGUUUUUUGGAGAACUUGCCAGUAAAAUAAGUGAGAUGUUCAAAAAUAACAARGCUGCCGAUGCAAGAAAAACUAUUCGAUAUUGUGAGAUGUACGCAAAGCUGGUUUUAUACCGUGACAUCAUACUAACACAGUAUCUUUGCGAAAUGCCRACCAAUGAUAAARAGUCUUCAUGGCAAAAUCACAUCAAUGGGGUACUAGCCGAUCGAGAGUUAUUUAGAAGAUUGGCAGGAGCGGUACUCGGCAAGCUCUACGCGGUCGACUACGAUAGCAAGAUCAUUCCCUAUUUUGAUCCAGAYGUAAGCGUUAUAACGGACACUUACUCGACAGAGAUGUUGAAUAUGGGUAAAUACGAUCGUUCCAUGGCUGGUCUGCAUUGCCUUAUGACCGAAGUAGGAAACGUUCCCAAAGAUAUGAUUUGGCAACAAWGGUUUGAWARUUACRAAGUGGAUGGCAAUCCCUACAUUGCAAGAAGRAMUCAUAGCAAUAUCAACUGUUACUGGAAACUUGUACCCCAUGGCAAUAACACGUACAGCAUUGUGAACAAGCGUAGAUGUAAAGAGGGGGAUGAGUAUUGUGGUGCGUUGCUGUCAUGGAGUCCAAAUGGUAACGAAGCUUUUGUGGGCAUCUCAUCUGAUGACCCCGUUUUGUGGGAGAUUACKGGCAAWAAUUUGAAAGCAAUUAAAAACAAACGGGGUUGUGGUAAAUCACAAAGCGCAUGGUGCAACUACUAUCUGGUCCUGAGGAACAAACCACGUAAUGAUAACAAUCACCCACUGAACCUAUCAGUUGGUCAGUUGGUUCGUGCAGAACUCUCACACUCCUGGGAGAUAAGAAGGGCACCCAUCGUGACUUGAAGGAAAUGUUUUAAAGCAAUGAAAUUGUGUUUCCUCACGGACUAUUGUGGUCAAAAUGGAUUUGAUUUACACUCAAAGUGAACUGAUUUAAUUAUAUGGAAUAUCCCCUAACAUUGUAGUGAAACAGUAGUUAGUUAAUAAAUAUUAUGAAAUAUCAAUAAAAUUAUGAAACCAUGA